AUGUUCUUCAAUCAAGACGUACUAUCCCGACGCGACAGUGGCUUCGGUCUUCUCUGGCUUGCAGCUACUCUCGGUGCUAAAUCCAAUUUCAAGAAGCUUCCAAAGCGCGAUGUCCUCGGCGCAGACAUCGUCCAGCUAUGUGACCUGAUUGCGGAACCAGAGGAACCGCUUGCUCUUCGUCUAUCGAGCAAUCUAAUGGUCGGACUCGCUCGUGUCUAUAAAAUAAAACACGAGAUAUUUCUUGGAGACGUGACGUCGUGCUUCACGGCCUUAAAGAAGGCCGUUCAGGAUUUCCACGCGAUGUCGAUGGCUGCUGAGUCGUUGCAGAUGGGUAAUCCUUCCGUUAGACCCGAUGCUGUGACCCUCACAGCGGAUCCGGGUAUGGCUCUUGGACUGAAUAUUGACGAUUUCUUCGCCGACUGGGAUGAUCUUCUGAAUGUCCGAGAAGUCGACUCUGAGGAUGAAUACGGUCGUCCCAAGAAAGCUUCCAAGAAACAAAAACAACGAGCAUCGUCCCUCGAACACGCCCGAGCUGAUCAACACACCCUCGACGAAAGCCUUGAACACAUGCUAUCCGCCUCCUUCGACGUGUCAGCCAGUAUCGAUCAUAGCGGUGUCGGCCCCUCGUCUUCCCAGAUGGACGUUGACGGCUUCGGGUUCGGGUUCCCAGACGAUCCCCUCCUGGGCGGUGACGACCUGAACUUGGAUGACGAUAUAGGUGAUGAACUCGCGAGAGAAUUGGGCGAGGGGUGGGGUGGGCCAUCUUCGCAGCCUGGACCUAUUAGUGCUGGUGGCAUGGAUAUCCCCAUGGCGGAUAUUGACUUCAACCAGGGCGGCGACUUUACCUUCACGGGGCUCGACAUGUCGGAUGAUUUCUCAUCGGCCAGGAAGACUGACCGAGCAUCCGAUGGCUCGAAGGGAAAGAAAAGAGCGCUGGACGAGGCGGACAAAGAGAACGACAUGCCCCCUCCACCACUGCCUUCGGCUUUCAGAGACUUGACUCCCAUCGGAGCUAGUCCUGCUCCGCUUGAACCCGACCAAGCAGGUGAUAGCCAGGCCCUUGUAGAUGAUCCUUCUCAAGCUCUCACAGCAAAUGAGACCCAAGGGAAACCUGCGAAGAAACCGAAACGUGUCCGCCUCCUCCUCGACAAGGUUACAGAGCUCUCUGAUGAUGAGAUGAAGACCGCCCGCGCGCAAUAUGUGGAGGACCAGAGGGCCUUACGGCGUGAAAUGGACCAUAAAAGGAUCCAAAAAGAGAGUGAGCGGCUCAUUGACGAGAUUAUGUGGGGUCCGCCGGAAGGAGUGCAAGCGCCAGUCCUGGUGGACUACUGGCUCGAGAAUUUUAGGAUUCAUGUUGAGGCCAGGUCAGGCGCUUUACAUCUUGAAGCGAGAGGAACUCCACCGACAAAGCGUCGCCGGAUUGAGACACCGAAUGAUCAACGCUUUGAAGACCAGCCUGGCCGCCCGUUCGAAGAGCCCGAUGCAGCUAGGGUUGAACCUGGAGAUGUCGAAAUGAACUACGGUGAUGCCUUUGACGCAUAUCAGUAUCAAGACACCGGCGCUUUCGAAGUCGGUCCAUCCGGUCGGAGAUCUUCAGAUGCUCCAGAGCAACUCCGUCGUCUCUCCCGUCCUGCUUCACCCUUAGGAGGCCGUUUCGACUCCGUCCUCGGGGCGCCAGGAGGCUCUCAAGGUCCUUCUCAAGGCUCUCAACGCAGCUCACUCUUCCCUUGGGACCAUGCCGGUGCUGGACCCAGUUCUUCCGCUGGCGGAGGGAGCUUUGCUCCCAUUGGAGGUGGCAGCGUAAGUGUCGGUUCGAGGGAAAUCAGGAUCAGAGGAAGCUCGAUUAGCAGAGAUAGGCGGGAGAGCUCUUUGGGACCGAGUGGAGUUCUGAGCGCUGGUGCUUCGCCUGGUCCUGAAUUCGGAAGGUUUGGGUCUCAUGCGAGUGUGGGUGGGACUUUCGAAUUCGACUUGCCGGCAGAAGGUAUCUCCCUCGUAGAGACACAGGAAUCGGAUCAGAACGUCGUCAGCUUGGAGAAAAACUCGUAUAAUUUCCUUGAAUACGCAAGGAUGCAGGUGCAGGCAUCCGCUCAGCCCGAAGAUGGUGUUAUGUUCGACGGUGUCGUCCCGAAGGAUACGAGUAAUGCUCAUGUUGCGGCUGCUGGAUUUUAUCACUGUUUGGUUCUCGCCACGAAGAACCUUAUCCGCGUUACUCAACCCGCUCCAUACGGGCCAUUGAACAUCGAGAUAGUCUGAUAUGCCUGUCCAUGGGGAAGGUAUCCGGGAUAAGCGUCGAC